GUGCGGCUGCUGCUUUUCCCAGUCGUUUGCCGUUUGUCAACCGUUUGCCAGCGUUUGCCGAGAGCGCUAGUUUCUUGCAAGGAAUAUAUUGAAACCAGUCCACGUUGAAACGGGAAUCUGUGAAUAUAGUCCGCUGUGAACGCUCCACAAAAAUCCGAAAAUACCCAUUUUUAAUACAAAUUAAAUUACUUAGUGUUCAACUAACGAGUGUUUCAAGUCUAAAAAACAAAAAAAUAAAAAAUAAAAAUGCAGUACAUCUAUGUGAUAAGUGCGCUGAUUUUGGCCAUCGCCGUGCAGCAAGGAUAUGCCAUCAAGUGCUUUGUCUGCAACAGCCACAAAGAUGCCAACUGUGCGUUGGACAUACCGCCCGAUAACUUGCAGAAGGACUGCGAUGCAGAGUACUCCACCCGCGGCAAGGGGAUUCCCACAUACUGCCGCAAGAUCACGCAGAUCAUCGAGUUCUCUGUGAACAGCCUGCCCCCGGAUAGCCGUGUGAUAAGGACCUGUGCCUACCAGAACCAGACAUCCACCAACUACUGCUAUCAGCGUGCCGGCUUCGGAGGGCGCCAGGUCGUCUGCUCCUGUGAUACGGAUAACUGCAACGGCGCCGGGACGAUGGGCGCCUCCGCGGUGGGCGUGGCAGCAAUGGCGGGACUCCUGCUGAGCGCCCGUCAAUAUCUGCAGCGUUAAGGACGGAAUCGAGGGAAUCCCUCAGUUGUUUUUGUUUGUUUUAUCGAUGCAUCCACCCAGUUUUCUUUUCGUAUUGCUGCUGACUCUUUGACUUCUGUGACACUUUCACCGCUUUCUCCUCCCCCAUCAUCAACAAGGUCCACUCGCAGAGCUGCUCCAGAGUCUGCUCUGGCCCAGCCUGGUUUUGUAACAUUUUUUGAAUGGAGAACCGUAAAAGCUUUAUACAAAGUAUUAAAUAAAAACAUAAUUCCCUAACUAGAAGUGUAUAUAAAAACCAAAGAGGGCAAGUCACAAUUGGCCAAUAUAAUCGUUCAAAUAUAUUUACAUUAACAGGAAUUUUGAAACUAACGUCUUAAACGAAAGCAAGGAAAAUAACGAUAUAAAACUAAAACCUACCGCAGUUGAAAGUAUUUAACAAAUCGAAAUAAACGAAUGAGUCAAAGAUGGCCACAAAGCUAACGAUGUUAAAAAUUAAGGCUACCAAACGGAAAUGUAGUACAUAAAACUAUAAAUGUUAACACUCUUCGCCUAAGUUUUUCUUUUUUAUUUUAUUUCGUAAGACUUAAACCAAAAUUUUGAAAAUGCAAGCUAAAUGUCAGCAAUAGCGAACGUAAAAAGUAAAGUAUUUAAAAAUAAAGCUCAACGAGGAAAACACUUCAUAGAAUAAUUAGCAAGCAAUUGGGAGGAAAGUCGUCAGAGGAUUUCCCAAAGAUAGUUGUGACACGCUUAGAGGCGACGACCACGCCCAUAUCUACCGCACUCCCAAGGGGAAAAACACUCGUUGUUGUAACCAACUGCCAAAAACGGAAAACUUUGAAGUCGUUUCAUCUACCGCAUAGGCACAACCCAGCAAAGAGACACCAAGUUUAUGGGAUAUCCAAGUAGAGGAACAUCAGUAAAACCUUUUGUCCAACUUAGCAAUAAAUGCAGGUGCAGAAACCAAGUAAAAAUUAAAAUGUUACAGAAACCAAAGCAACAAAUACAUCACCUUUAGUUCGUAUAGCAAAAUAACAGUUUAUAGUAAAAAUUUUUUUAGUUAAGAAUCUCCUUUAAAAUGCAAUAUUUAUAAUGCAAUAAAAUUGUAAAAUGUUUAAAGUGAAAAACAAUAAAUAU